UUUUAAAAGACGUUAUUGUGAAGUAUUGGUUAUUUUAGUUGAUAAAUAGUUAGUCGCAUAAGAUCGGCAAUGCAUGAUAUUACAGUCCCAUACGUAUGAGUUUCUGUGGGUCAACGCUAAAUUUGAUUGGCCGAUCGAUCAAGCAAGCUCCGCUACGGAUAGCGAGCGUCUGCCUCGCCGAAACUCCCGGGGCAGCAAAUGUGGUGGAGAGGAAAAAGAUGAUCAUGCAUCCCAAAGUCUCUACAGUGCUUUGACUUCAGGAAGCCUAACAAAGUUACACCAUGAGCCAGCCAUCAGGAGCAGUGAGAAGGGGUGGCAAGCCGAACAGGGGAGGAGGCAGGGCCAACCGUGGAGGAAGGGGAGGAAGAGGUGGAGGAGAGGGAAGUGGGAGAGGAGGUGGGAGAGGAGGAAGAGGUCGAGGAGGAGGAGGUAGAGGUGGAGAAGGGAGAGGACGAGGAGGAAGAGGUGGUGGCCGUGGUGGAAGAGGAGGAGGAGCUAGAGGUGGUGGAGGCCAGCAGCAAGGGGCAAACAUAAAGCCCUAUGGACCGGUGGCAGACACAGGAGCCAGGAAGUGCAAGAGUGUAUCCAUGUCCUAUGACUAUGAUGAUGAUGACUUUGUACUCAUGCCCAAACAAGACAAACAGAAGACAUCAAGCUACCAGGCCCCUCAAACUCACCAACCAAAGGCCUCCCAAUCUUAUCAGUCCAAUGCUCCUAGUCGCAGGAAAGGCAACUAUCAACCCUCCAAGGUCAAGAUGCAGUCCCUCCAUAUGAGUGAUGAAAACCAAGAACUAGUCAAGGAUGUCUUGAGGGAACUGCAUGGAGUAGAUCUGGACCUAAACAUGGGACUGGAAGACUACGAAGAGCUUGAUUAUGAUACUCAUCGUCACUUCUGGACUGAUGACAACUCCCUGAAGGUAGAGGCAUCUGGUUCAAGCUUUACCCCUCUAGGUGUCUGGCGUGAGGAAGAGGAUGAUAGAGACAACAAAGAUGACACCCAAAAGAUCAGUAAAUAUGCCGUGGAGAAACUUAUCAGGUGUGGAUACCCUAAGAAAGACAGUCUGCAGGCAUUGGAGGAUAAUGAUGCAGAUGCAGGUUUAGCAUUGGAACAACUCUACAAAGAUUUCUUGAAAAAUCACUCGAUAUCGUCAGAACAAGAUGCUGCUGAGGACAGUGUCACUAAAGAGUCUCUCAUAGACCAGAGACAGGAAGAAGCUUUUGCUUUGAGCUCAAUAUAUGAAUCAGACUUCUCUGAGCGGAUACCUAACCAAGUCUGGACGUUGAGAUUAAAGCUCUCUCACAUUGACAAAUCCCUCAAGGAAGCGCAAAAGAAUGAAAAGAAGAAGUCAGCUGAGAAGGAGAGGGAAAAUCGUAGGAGAAAACAGAAUCUUUGCCAUUUCUAUCAGGAAGGUAGCUGUAGGUUUGGAUCUCGAUGCAAGUUCGUUCACGAGGCCCCUUGGGACACUGAGGAUACAGAGUUUGACGAGUUUAUGGAUGAGGACAACACUAAGUGGUACCAGUUGGAGGUGCGGUUUCCUAGUGAUAACUCGUACCCAUGGCAACCACCGAUUAUUGCAUUUUCAUCCACCCAUCCCGACUUCCAGUCAGCGAAGUGCCUGAACGUAACCAAGCGGCUGGCUGAGGAGUCCUUGGAGCAUGCAUCGAGUGGGAGCCCAGCUGUGUUUAGCCUUGUCGGUGUCCUGGAGGAUGAACAGGAGAUGAGGAUAUUACUAGAUGGCAAGCCUCUACCGUUUCAAGCUAGGAAACUACCAGCAAGGACUAAACUUGUUGUAGAGGAUAUAGAAGAAGAAUCUCCUGAUGGAGAAACACCGCUCAAUGAACAGUCUGACUCGGCUUUAGGAGCUACAGCGGGUGAUGCAAAGGAAGCAGAGGUGCUGACUGGAAGGGAAGGAGCAAAGAAUCUUGGAAAAACUUUGUAUGUUCCACCAAAGAGGAGUAAACGAGAUGAAGAAAGAGACAAUAGAAGGCUGAAGGAGCAAUUCAAGAAGGCCCAGACAAGCAAUGCUUACAAGUCAAUGCUUGAGAGGAGAGAGGCUCUACCUGCCUGGAAAGAACAGGACAACAUUUUGGACACUUUGAGCAAGUACCAGGUUCUUGUAGUGAGUGGAGCUACAGGGUGCGGAAAGACAACCCAAGUGCCUCAGUUCAUCCUUGAUGCCUCCCUUCAAGGUAAAGGUUUGGAUGUAAGUAACAUCAUCUGUACCCAACCCAGGAGGAUCUCGGCCACGGCAGUAGCAGACAGGGUGGCCAAGGAGAGGACCACCAGGCUAGGAGAUGUUGUGGGUUACCAGAUCAGGCUAGAAAAUAAACAGUCUGCUUCGACUCGACUGAUGUUCUGUACGACGGGAAUCUUACUCAGGAGGUUGGAGAGUGACCCUGUCCUCAACGGAGUCUCCCAUGUCAUAGUGGAUGAAGUCCAUGAGAGAAGUGAAGAAAGUGAUUUCUUAAUGAUGGUUCUAAGAGACAUGUUGCCACAGCGACCUGACCUUCGCAUCAUUCUCAUGAGUGCUACCCUCAAUGCUGAUCUAUUCUCUAGUUAUUUCUUUGAUUGUCCUGUCAUCAACAUCCCUGGUAAAACCUUUCCAGUAGAUCAGUACUUCUUGGAAGAUGCAAUUGAAUAUACUGGGUAUGUCCUAGAUGAGAACUCACCCUUAGCCCGGCCUAUCAAGAGAAGCAAUGCGGUACCUUCUGAGGCUUCGGCCAGAGCUAUGAGCAAGGUCAGGUAUGACAACCUGGAUGAGGAGAUAGCUGAAGCCUUCGCUUCCACUACUUUUAACCCUGCCAAAGAUAACGUGAAAGAUGCUAAUUUGACACUGCAGCAGAUGGCACUCAGAUAUGAAGAUUAUGAGAUGUCCACCAUCAAGACAUUAGCUACUAUUGACCCUGAGAAGAUUAACAAUGACCUGAUUGAAGAUCUCAUCAAAUGGGUAGUUGAAGGAGAUCACGAUUACCCCAAGGAUGGUGCCAUCUUGAUAUUUCUACCAGGACUGGGUGAAAUCACUGAUCUCUAUGAGCAGCUUCAAAGCUCACUCUGUGGACCAAGAAAAACUAAAAAGUACAAGCUGAUACCCCUCCACUCGUCCCUCUCGAGCGAAGACCAGAAUGCAGCCUUUGAUAAACCCAAGGAAGGCAUCACUAAGAUCGUCAUAGCAACCAACAUAGCCGAGACAUCUAUCACCAUUGAUGACAUUGUCUUUGUUAUUGAUGCUGGUAGAAUGAAAGAGAAGCGAUAUGACUCUGGAAAGAGAAUGGAGUCCUUAGAAACCGUCUGGGUAUCUAGAGCCAAUGCCAUGCAGCGUAGAGGUCGAGCAGGGCGUGUGACGGCCGGAGUCUGUUUCCACCUCUUCUCCAAAAACACCUUUGAGCAUGUACUCAGGGAACAACAGUUACCAGAGAUCCAGCGUAUUCCAUUGGAGCAGCUUGUACUAAGGAUCAAAAUCCUAGAUGUCUUUCAAGGAUACCAUGUCAAGGAAGUGUUGAACAAGUUACUAGAGCCUCCCAAGACAGAGAAUAUUGAUGAUGCUGUUCAGAGGCUGCAAGACUUGGGAGCUCUUACAAUAGAUCAGGAUCUGACAUCUCUGGGCUACCAUCUUGCAUCUCUUCCAGUAGAUGUUAGGAUCGGUAAGCUGAUGCUCUUUGGAGCCAUCUUCCAGUGCCUUGACCCAGUUCUAACCAUCGCAGCAAGUCUCAGCUUCAGAUCACCAUUUAUGGCACCAUUUGACAAGCGAGACCAGGCAGAUAAAAAGCGACAAGAGUUUGCUAUUGGUAAUAGUGAUCACCUGACUCUGUUAAGGGCUUACAAGGGCUGGACCACAGCAGUUGAAAGAAGCAACUACUUCAGCUACAGAUUCUGUCACGAGAACUUUCUUUCAGUCAAAACUCUGCAGAUGAUUGCCAGCAUGAAGCAUCAGUUUGCAGAGCUCCUUGGAAGCAUUGGUUUCGUUGGCCUUGAUAUGACUGGACGUCAGAUGGACAGGAAGUCGAAUGGUUACGGAGAUAUGAUCAUCAAGGCAUGUGACCCUCAGAUCAAUGUGAAUGCCAGCAAUGACCGGCUGGUCGUAGCAGUUCUUUGUGCUGCCCUCUAUCCUAAUGUAGUCCAGGUCCUGACCCCAGAGGCCAAAUACACCCAGUCCAGUGCAGGAGCUGUUCCUAUGAAUCCAAAGGCCCAGGAACUCAAAUUCAAGACCAAAGAUGAUGGAUAUGUGAGUGUCCAUCCAAAGUCUGUCAACUUUCAAGUGAGAUACUUUGAGAGCCCAUAUCUUGUCUUCUUGGAGAAAAUCAAAACAUCAAAGGUAUACAUACGAGAUUGCAGCAUGGUGUCUGUCUACCCGUUGCUCCUGUUUGGGGGAUGCGAACUCAACAUUGACCUCAAGGGAGGAGAGUUCAUCAUAUCACUUGACAAUGGAUGGAUUCAGUUCCGGGUCAAGUCUAUUGAGGUUGGUGAGCUGAUGAGAGAGCUUCGGAGAGAACUUGAUCAGCUCCUGGCCGAUAAGAUUCAACAACCUGAUAUGGAUCUAGGAACUUGCCCAAGAGGAAGCCGAAUAAUUGCAGCUAUCGUUCAACUCAUCAGCACACAAUGAGGAUAUGUCCCUAUCAAAACAAAAUUCAAUAAGCUGAUAUGGAUACAGGGAUUGCCCUAGAAGAAGCCAGAUAAUUGCAGGUAUUUUUCAUCUCGUCAACACACAGUGAGUCCCCAUAUAGCAUAAGAUCAAACAACCUUUUAUUGAUCUAGGAAACUGCUCUUGAGAAAUUGGAUCAUAGCAGCACUUGUUCAACUCGUCAAAACACAGUGAGGAUAUGUCCCUAUUGCAUAAAAUCAGACAUCCUGAUAUAUAUCUAAGAACUUUCCCUCGAGGAAGCCGGAUCAGAGCAGCUAUAGUUCAACUCAUCAGCACACAGUGAAGGAUAUGUCCUCAUCGCAUAAGAUCAAACAACCUUAUAUGGAUAUAGGUAAUUGCCCUAGAAGAAGCAGAAUAAUUGCAGCUGUUGUUCAACUCAUCAGCACACAAGAAGGAUAUGUCCUCAUGGCAUAAGAACAAACAACCUGACAUGGAUCUAAGAACUUGCCCCAGAAGAAGCUACAUCAUAGAAGCUAUUGUUCAACAAUUUCAACUCCUCAGCACAAAGAAGAGAUAUGUCCUCAUUGCAUUAGAACAAACAACCUGAUAUGGAUCUAGGAACUUGCCUUAGAAGAACAACUUCAACUCAUUAGUGCACAGUAGGGAUACGUCCAAAUCACGCCAACAGUACAUACUUAUAUCAUCAAUUCCAUGGAUUUAUGGAUUGUAAACUUUCAAACUGUAUUGCAUGUAUUAGUAAAUCAUGUUAAAUGGAUAACUUUUAUAGGCAAAAGAUAUUGUAGUAUGCCUAGCAAUUUGAGUGUGGGAACCCUUGUUAUAUGCUCCCCAGGGAGUGGAAAAGUGUGUAGAUAUUGUGCGGCAAGCCAAAAUCUGAUGUUCACCUUUAAGAGGACUUUGUGGAGGAAAGAGAUCAUGAAAGUUAUUUAGAAACUAUUUUAAUUUUUGCUCCCUCCCAAAUAAUAAUGAAGGAAUAAAAAGACAUUAAUAAUAGAAUUUAAAAAAUUGCAGCUUACAAUGAAUUCAAUUUAUAAUAUUUCAGAUUUAUAUCUGCAUGGGUCAUGAUGUUUGUGACCUGAAUAUUUCUAUGAAUGAAAAUGAUCACAAAUCUGUUAUUUAUGCUGAGUAAACUGCUUGGAGAGUAUUAUGCCAAAGAAUUAAGUAUCAUCUUGCACAAGUUGUGUCCGUUGUACCUUUAUUUUGUUCAAAAGUUGUACUUAAAUAUAUUGAUGUUGAAUAUAAUCAUAUAUUUAUUGUGGAAGGCUGGUGAUUUUCAAUCUCAGAGAAAAUAGGUAAAGAGGUUUAUGGUUUCAUGAUGUUGGUGAAGUCGUCCUGAAAAGUGAAUGCUCUGAAGAGAAUUGUCAGGGGCAUGAUGUUUCAAGCGGUACUGUAGGGAUGUAUUUGAUAACUUUGUUCUCUGUUACAACAGAUAAGUCAGGGGAACAUCCAUAUUCAGAUCUCCCAUGUAUGAUAGCUUAACAAAUGUUACAUCUAUGGCUUCACAGCAUGUAGGAUUUCAAAGCAGCUUUCUGAUACCCCCCAUGUUGUAUUUUGAUUUUUAAGUUUAUUUUAUCGAUUCCUUAUCCAAAAUAUAAAAUAUUACAAAGAAAAUUAACAUUUUUUUAAAUGGCCAAACAAAGAGUUACAUUGAUAAAAGAACAUUUGUUUUUUUAACAUGAACAGAAUGGCAAAUUAAACAAAACAAAACAUAGGAAAAAAAAACAUUACUACUUGCUGUCGAAAACCUAUUACUCUUGAUCAAGUGUCAUUUUGCAACGCAUACAUGUAAGUCAUAAAAUCAGGUACAUAUAUAUAGUUUAUUGCAAACUAGAUCACACCAUUAUGUAGUAUACGCAUAGAGUGAGGGAUUGGUAAUUGUAUUGUGAUUUGAUUUGAGGCCAUGCUUCUAAUGUACAACUUGGAUUUCAAUUAAUUUUAUUUAUUCCAGGAAUACAUAUUUUACUGAUAUAGAUUUUUUGGGGCACCAACAGGAACUUAAAGUUUUCUUCAUCAGUGUAUUUAAGGUAAUCUGGUAUUAUGUCUGUAAUCUUGUAUAUGCAGGGAUUGAAAGACAUUGGAAACAAAGAUGCUGACAGUAUUACAGCUUGAAGAUGUGGCUAAUGUGACUUUUGUUAGGGUACUUGGGCCCUGUAAUAUAAAAACAUAAUUAUAUUAGGUGUAACUCUUCCAUGCCAAACUAUGUGAAACAAGGUACAUUUCAUUUAUCAUAUCUCUUUAUGCUACAAGAUUUUAAUGUGCUUUUCAAGGCAAAAAUUUCAGAAUCAAGUGCCUUUGGGCCUACCAUCUAUGCAUGCAGCCAAUGUCAAUAUGUGUAGUCAGUAUUGUUGAGGAA